AAAAGAAAGAGAGAGGCUAGCUGGGAUACCUGUCAACAUUAUCUACACAUAGCUGUUUGCUUAUGAAAACUCAUUAUUUUUCGCUCUGGUGAAACCAUGAUGCAUUGUGAAUUGCCAAGCCCCCCAUGCUUAUGAAAGUGGCCACAAAAACAGAAUCAAACAAAAAUGCAGGGAAUGCAAUUUUAUAUGAAUGUAUAGAAACCAUCAUGAGUAUUGAAGAUAAUGGUGGCUUACGUGUACUUGCAAUCAACAUCCUGGGAAGAUUCUUAUCAAACCGUGACAACAAUAUCAGAUAUGUUGCAUUAAACAUGCUGAUGAAGGCUAUGACAGUAGAUACUCAAGCUGUACAAAUGCAUCGGGCAACAAUUUCGGAAUGUGUAAAGGAAUCAGACGCUUCAAUCCGGAAAAGGGCUUUGGAACUUGUUUACCUUCUUAUAAACGAGAGCAAUGUCAAACCCUUAACAAAAGAAUUAAUUGAUUAUUUGGAAGCAAGUGAUCAAGAAUUCAAGGAAGAUCUUACAGCAAAAAUAUGCUCCAUCGUAGCAAAGUAAGUGGCACAAUUCAUGAUUAUGUAAUUGGGGUCCUCUUACCUUUGGAAAUUUCGGACUGGGUUAUUGUUCCGCAUGAUUUGCUUUGGAAUGCUCUCCAGAGGAUUAAGAUCUUGUGAUGCAUUUGAUAGGGUCUCUAGCCUA